AUGGCUCACACUCCAUCUCAAUUAACCGUCAAUCUGGGUCUCCAGCUCCCAUACUCCCCCAGUGGAACCCCCCGCCCACCAUCAGUUACAGGCAUAGUUGUCUUUUCAGGCGGUAGCGCCGCCAACAAUCUCGUCGAUGUCUUCGAGAGCGUUCGAGAAGCGAAUCAGUGCACCCUCAGUUACGUGAUCCCCAUCUCUGAUAACGGAGGUAGCAGUAGUGAGAUCAUUCGCGUCUUUGGUGGACCAGGUAUCGGAGAUGUUAGAUCUCGUCUCGUUCGCCUGAUCCCAGACGACAACGGAAACCCCGAGACCGUUGCUAUCAAGCAUUUCUUCAAUCACCGCCUUCCCAAGAACUACGCCAUUGCUAGAUCGGAAUGGUUUGAGAUUCUAGAAGCUACUCAUCCACUGUGGGACGACAUCUCAUCGCCCAAGCGGGAACUCAUCCGAUCUUACCUCAACAGCUUCAACCUCGAAGUUGUGAAGCGCAUGAAACCGAGCAGUCGCUUUGACUAUUCUGGCGCCAGUAUUGGAAACCUUUUUCUUACCGGUGCUCGUCUAUUUACCGGUAGCUUUGAAGCUGCCAUUUAUCUCUUGAGUUCUAUCUGCUCUGUGCCGGAUAGAAUAGCUGUCCUUCCGGCUCUCAACACUAACUUUGCGAGCCACAUUGCUGCCAGCCUUGAGGAUGGUACCAUAAUUACUGGUCAAAAUGACAUUUCUCAUCCAAGUGCUCCCACGGCUGCCGUACCGGGGACAUCAGCUGGCGUGCAUAGUCCGUCUGUGUCGCGACAAGGACCAUGGCAUCACGAUCAUCACCACGUAGAGGAUGCAAACUUACCCGGUACAUUACCUGCGCUGCGACGACCAGCGAUUGCAUUCUCAAAGGAACAAGAGGAAGACCUACCGGCCCGAAUCUCGCGACUAUGGUACAUUAAUCCAUACGGUGAAGAGAUCAAGAUGCCCGCCAACCCAAGAGUCUUGGACGCCCUCGGAUCCGUGCACAGCGUAGUAUACAGCAUCGGAUCUUUAUUCACGUCGCUCAUCCCCAGUCUUGUUCUGCGCGGUGUAGGAGACGCCAUCACGAGUCCGCACGUGCGCAACAAGAUUCUCAUUCUCAACGGCACCACCGACCGAGAGACAGGUCCUUCUACGGCGCCGUUUACAGGAUUGGACUUUGUCGGGGCAAUUGCAAAUGCUCUCGCCGACUCACGCGGUCUACCGAAGCCUUCAGUGGAAGAUUAUAACCAGUACGUGUCGCAUGUGAUUUACAUCGAAGGUCCGACGUCGCCCAAGGUGGACAAGCAGCAAUUUGGACAGCUGGGCAUCGACGCGACACGGUUGUACGGACCCAAGGAUGAGAAGGGACGUGGUGGAAGGUAUGAUGCCAAGGCUUUAACACAAGCUCUUGAGACUAUCAUCGGGAGAAAGGAUGCUCGGUCGGAUAGAAGUCGACGUAAUACUCUUGUGGGCUGA